CGGGGAGUCAAUAAUCAGUCUAAACUCCUGGAAAAAUCACUGUUCAAUCUGCGCCUCUUUUAUUCCACAGGUCUUUGGAUACCUUGACAUCAUCUCAACCUCUUGAGCUAUGUCCGGAAAAGCCCCCUCCGUCACCUCCUCACAACCACUUACACAGUUCUCAUUAGCCCUCUUCACCAAGCUCCCACCUGAGCUUCAGCUUGAGGUCGUUUCACACUGUCAACAAAAUGAUCUCAUCUGUAUAUCCCUUGCAUCACACUCUCUCCGCACCAUGAUGCUUCCAAUGAUACCGGCAAAACCUUCGCUGCUCUCCUACGACCAAGUACACCCCCCAGAAGUGCUCAAGUGCGAGUGCGGCGACACUUCGGCAGUCGGAGUUGUCCAGGACAAUUACUGGCACCGAAAGAAACGCCAUAUGUACAAGUACGCAGAGCCCCCGAAAAGAUGCUCAAACUGGGCGCCCUGUCGAUCGUAUGCCGCCGACCACGCCAUUUGCCGGCGGAAGUGGUGUAGGCACUGUUCGUGUACCACGUGUCCGCUGUACGCAAGACUUCGCGAGUCGAUGGGAGACCGGAGAUACUGUGCCGAGUGCCAAAAGUUUACGAAGCGUCCUAGGACGAAGAAAUACAACGGAAGAUGUGAGUGGGCUCAUAUAGUGCCGAGUGACUCGAGUCUGAGGAGCUGUUAGCUGACACCAACAGGCUUGCAUGGCCGCCCUCGGGUUCGACGGACUCCAAACAAUCACUGGAUGGCCAAAAAAGGAGUGUCGUAUGGAUAUCGCUGGUGGCGGAGAUGGGGCACUUGCGGCGUCGAUGCCUGGGGGUACCCAGAAGGGGAUAAAAUGGCGGAUGUGAGCAGAAGGAGGAAUGCGAGGGUUGUGUAAAUAUCGUUGACUUUACAAUGACUGUGAUUGAUUUUGAUAAUCAAAGUUAAAGACGUUAACUUACUUGCAUAAUGAGGCUAACGAUUCACGUUACGUGCCACGUACAACGAGACUUACCUCAGACUACAGCUCCAUGAUUGUUCCAUUGACAAAAGCGCUGCUAUCUUUCUUCUUUCCAGGUCAAUUGUCCCAAAAUCUGAUCGAGCUGACAUCCUAUUCAGGUCUUGUUGGUAUAGCACACAAUCAGG